AUGAAGCAAAGGUAUUGGCAAGUUAUUUCUUGUGGGGUGAUGGAGUUUGAAACAAGAAACCUAGAUCAGUCUUAUGUUGUUGAUGUCCAGAAGAGGGAAUGUACAUGCAGGUUGUGGAAAUUGAAUGAAUAUGGUUGUGUGCACUCAGUUGCAACAUUAUCACUCUUAAACACUACACAUUAUCAGACACAUGUCGAGAGAAUGUACUUUACAACAUUAUACUAUAAUACUUACAAAGAGCACAUACAUGGGACGCAUGGAAUGAACAUGUUGCCAUCUACAGAAAAAAUCCCUCCUUUGCCCCCAAUUAAAAGAAGAAUGCCUAGCAGACCUACUAUCAAGAGAAAAAUAGAUGGUUUAGAAAGGUCUGGCAGACACACAGUAUCAAAGGCUGGGAAAUCAGUAUGUGGCGGUGUAUACAAACAGAAAGGACACAACAAGACCACUUGUUCUCAAGUCGAAAGGCCUCUUAAAACUAAUGGUUGGAAAUCACAAGGUGUGUGA